CAUUGGUAAGGAGAGAUGAAGCACAUCAUAAUUGCGAUCAUUGCCGUGCUGAGUAUCCUGCACAGGGAUCAGCUGCUGGCCACGGCCAAGGGCUGUCCGCGUCGCUAUCUGAGACGCAUCAAUGGCAAGUGCUACUAUUUCUCAGUGAAAAAGAUGAACUGGUAUGGUGCUCUCAACAAUUGCCUGCGCAAGGGCCUGACGUUGGCCGAUUUGAGCAAUGCACGAGAUUUUAAUGGCGCCGUCGAGUUUCUCAGCUCCAAGGGCAACACGGAGGACUUUUGGUUUGGAGCCAAUGAUCUGCAAACGGAGGGACGCUUUCAGUACAUCAGCAAUGGCCGCCUGGUGCGAUACUUUAGCAAUUAUAGCAUUGUGGAGCCGGCAGAGCAUUCCGAGUGCGAUGACUGCCUGGAGGUGCGCAUACGCAACAACUUGACUGUUGUGGCCGAUGACAAUUGCCUGGAGCGGCAGUAUUUCAUCUGCUCGGAGCGGUACUGUGAUGUCGCCGCCAGUAAGCCUCGUCAUCACAGUCACGAGCAUCUGCAUCACUUCCAUCACGACAUCGGCGAGGCUAGCGAAGCAGAGGGCGAAAAGGAACUUAAUAAUCAAUCGCCAGAGAAAAUUGAGGAGCAGCAGACCGAUAACAACGAAUCAGAGGAGGCAGCCAAUGCGGAAACACCGGAUAAUGAUGAUGAUGAAAGAGCAUUGGCUAUUGAGGGAGGGAAAGGCACAACACCAACAGCUGAGGAAGGAGAAACGCCAGCUGCCGGCGCAGCCCCACCUGCUGAAGGAGGAGUAACGCCAGCUGCAGGCGCAGCCCCAUCAGCCAAAGGAGAAAAAACGCCAGCUCCAGGCGCUGCACCACCAGUUGUGGGAGGAGAGCCAGCACCUGCCGCGGGUGCAGCUCCACCAGCCGAAGGAGGAGAAACGCCAGCUGCGGGCGCAGCACCACCAGCCGAGGGUGCAGCUCCACCAGCUGAAGGAGGAGAAGCAGCACCUGCCGAGGGCGCAGCUCCACCAGCUGAGGGAGGAGAAGCAGCACCUGCCGAUGGUGCGGCUUCACCAGCUGAGGGAGGAGAAGCAGCACCUGCCGAGGGUGCAGCUCCGCCAGCUGAGGGAGGAGAAGCAGCACCUGCCUAGGCAUAGGAUUUGAUCAAGUAGACGCAUUUGAAAGAAACAAGUUUAACGUGUAAAAAAUAAUAAACUAAAUAAAUACAAUAAGCAAAUAAAA